GAUUACUUUUCACAGUUAGAAUACAAACCACAAACACAGACAGCAGACAAAUCCACAAACGCAAUUUACUGAAAUAAGGCAAAGUCUUGAAAAAAUAUAACUACUGGUUGGCUAUUGAAAGCCAUGGUUUGGAGGGGCGUUACUGACAAACAAUUUUUGUGCAAAGACAAUUCCUACUUAGGAGAUGACAAAUUGUGUUCUUUGUCGCUCUGACCUCUGGGUUGGAAGAAUUGGGGACAGGAGUUCAAGAAGGAAGAAAGAUAAACAAGGAAUAUUUUACAUUUCGAAAAACAAAAGUUUCAUUUGGUAAAAAAUCGGCAUUUUAGCGGAGGGUGGAUCGACUCCUUUCUCUGCCUGUCAAUUCAAUUAAAUAAUGUUUGUGUGGGGUGGGGGAGGUGCUGACCCGUCGUAAAAAGGGCAACGGUGUGCGCACAGCAAGAUCCCAGAAAGAGCGUCCCCUUGCAGCCCAAUCCUCCGCUUUGGAUCAGAGGAGGUAACGGGGCCUGCGCCCCGAGGCGAGGAUGUCGAUCACCCCCACAAUUCGAAAAAGGAUAAAUUUAUUGCUUCUAUUAUAAAAAUAAAGCUCGGGUUUCUAUUUUAAAAACUUGCCUUUCUGAUAAAGCUGCUGUCUAGAGAGGGAUUCCCUCUGACGUCAUUGCUUGGUUACCAGUAAACAGCGCGCUACACAGUUCCAUAUUUGGGCAUGUACGUCAGGGAUCCCGGAUGGGCGGAGCUACCUCGCCGAAAGGGAUUUUAUCGCCUUUUCCCCGCAAUAAAGGGCAGUGGGCAGGCUGCAAGCGGGCGAUCAGCAGCAUUAGCUCUGUCUGCCUCACUCCUGCCAGUCUGGUGGGUAUCUAGGUCUCAGCUUCCAGUCGGAAUUUGCCCGUUUUGCCUCCCUCCCCCCUCUCGGUGUGUUGCUAUUCCACCUGACGUCAGAAGAACAGCGAGUAUAUAAAAGAAGACAGCCGAGGAUCUGGAUUCAUUCAUAAAGAGAGCGGCAGCACCGAGGAACUACUACAGCAGCAGCAGUAGCAGCAGCAACGCGUUUUAUUUCCACUCAGACUAUACAUACAAUAGAAAGGGGAAACAAAAGCCCAGAAACUGGAUCCGAGGGGCGACAAAUCCUGGGUCAUCACCGACUGGGAGGACAUGUACCAGGGAUUCUCAGGCGACUUUGACUCGGCUUCCCGCUGCAGUUCCUCCCCUUCGGAGCCUCAGUACCUGUCAUCCGUGGACUCCUUCAGCCAGAGCGUGGGCAGUCCGACCACCACAGCCCAGGAGUGUACCACGGGAGUCGGAGAAAUGCCCGGAUCGUUUGUGCCGACACUAACGGCUAUCACCACCAGCCAGGACCUACAGUGGAUGGUACAACCGACCGUCAUCUCGUCGGCGGCUCAGUCUCAGGCUCAGGCUCAACUUCCAGCUCUCCCCCAGCCCAGCAUCGAUCCUUACAACCUUCCCGGGACCAGCUAUUCCACCGGCGGCAUGUGCCCCUAUAGCAGGGGCGAGCCGUCCAAACCCACACGGUCCAGCCGGCCCCGGAGAGCGCGGGAUGAAACGCUCACGGCCGAGGAGGAGGAGAAGCGACGCGUUCGCCGGGAGAGGAAUAAACUGGCCGCCGCCAAGUGCCGGAACCGGCGCCGGGAGCUGACUGACCGCCUGCAGAGUGUAAGUAGCAGACCCCGGGGGAUUCCCUCCAGCAACGACCCCCGGGACGGGACGGACGGGACGGGACGGGAGGGGAGGGGAGGGGCUGUGAAAGUAGCAUCUUCCCGGGGAGCUGGGGGGAGUCACUACGUCCCAGGCCGCGCCUCUGGCGAAUGGUGUUGGGGAGUCUGUGGGAUCGUUAAUGGGACGGUGUGGGGGUGGUUGCCGGAAGAAUGUGGGGGUGGGGUGGGGGGUUGUUGA